AUGCCUGGAAGUAAGCGAAAGGGUCUUCUCCCACGACGAAGACGUCACGAUGAUGAAGGUGAAGAGGAAGGCUCUGCGCUUGGUGAUGUGGCCGACUAUGCCUCUACUGCUGGUUCGCUAAGCACCGAUGCCGAGGAGGACGGCGAUGUCAGCAACGCCACAGAUGGGGAGCAAUCUGCAACGAUAUCUCCGGUGCUUCUCAAGAAGGAACCAAUGUUCGCGACCACGACCGAUACCGAGGCGAUGCUGAAUGGUCUGAAACUCAGCACGGAUGAAAAAGUCGAGGAGUUACAUUUUGAUGAUGCGGGUCAGACAACAGCUAGUCGCCUUACUGUACAAGAGACCAGAUCUCCGCCAACAAACUCUUCGAAGCAGCGAUCUUAUGGACAUCCUAUGACUCCUCAGCGCAAGGGUUACUUUCUGCAUGAUGAUCGAUCGAAACAGCAGGCUGCGUUGCCAACGAGAGGUUAUGGGAGAGGGUACGGACCGUAUGGAAGAGGUAAUUUUGGCCGUCAUGCACACGGUGCGAACAAGCAAUGGACCCACGAUCUUCACGAUACAGUCAACCAAUCAAAUAUGCAAGCUAUACCAGUUUUACCAGCACCUGUUGCAAAAACAGGCCCUACCCGAUCGUUUUCAACUACCACUGUUCUCGGCAAUGUACCUGUAAAUAUAUCCUUGCCUGGUGGCACAAAGAAGACGUCUGCACAAAUGGUCAAGAAACACUAUACGCUGUUGCCACAGCAUCGGCCGCCUUUACGUAGGGACAAACCCGUGCGAAUUUCGAUCCCCGACGAAGAUCCUAGAUACAUCUUCCCCAGUACUGAAAGAUCCUUCAUCUUCAUCCCCCGAGCCAUGCGUCCAAAUCAACAACAGAGGGCUCGUGCAAGGGGAAGUUUCGGUGGCAGCAGGAGAACAAGCAUGCAUUCAUAUACACCAAGUGUGGGCAUGAGCAGAAGACCCUCUAUUGCCGCAUCUGUAUCUGGCAACGGCGCACGUACUCCUACAGCUAGACCUGUCGUGCGUUUACCGCUCCCACCAAAUGUCCCUGCACUUCACAACACGGAGGUCUAUCUUGGGGAUAAUAGUGCUAUCAUACAUAGCCCUUCAACCACCCUACCUAUACAUCAGCCGGUCCCACAAAAGACUGUCUUUGUAGCAGAUAUUGAGUCGCCAGCAACAGCACCACAACAGCAGCCUCAACAGCCUUUCCACCAGCAGGUGCCAAAUCAGCCUCAGAUGCCACAUAUUCCUGAAGGUGCCAUUUACGCUCAGCCUUUCCAACCCUUUCAACCCAUUCCUAUGCAAAGCUAUUAUUACCCUGGAAUGAUGACUCAGCCAGCUCAGAUGGCAGCAGAAGGAUCACUCGUGCCGCAGCAGGAGGGUCAGCAAGCAUCUAUGGCACAUGAAUCGAAUGGCAUGGUCUAUUACUACAAUCCUUCGCAGCAGUUCUACUCGCCCGUUAUGAUGCAGCAACCCUACUAUUACCCGCCUAUACAAAACCAGAUGUUCUACCAAUAG